AUGCCCGCUGCUACCCGUGCCGUCCUGCGGCAAUCGCAGUUCCUGACUCGGAGAACCGCCGUCAGACACGCCUCCUCCAACGCUGAGAAGGCUAGCCAGGCUGCUUCCCAGGCUGCCUCCAAGGCUCAGGAGGGUCUUUCCAAGGCCACUGCUGUCGCCGGUCCUGCCCUCAACAACGCUGCCUCGGCCCUGCGCAAGGUCGGCGGCCCUGUCGGAAAGGUCGUCAAGUUUGUCGACUCCUUGAUCCCCCCGACUAUCUACUAUACCCGUGUCGGUCUUGAGCUCUCCAAGCUGGUCUUCCGUGGCCAGAACAUGACUCCUCCUACCUCGGCCACUUUCCAGGCCUUCUUCCAGCCCUUGAUCAACGUCGCCAAAAACCCUACCUCCUUUAAGAGUCUCAACCUCCCCUCGCCCCAGACCUUCUUGGCCCGCAUCCGCAACGCCAACAAGAAGGAGAUUGCUUUGGCCACCGUCACCACCGCUGAGGUCAUUGGUUUCUUCACUGUCGGCGAGAUCAUUGGUCGCUUCAACUUGAUCGGUUACCGCGGCGAGCCGGCUCACCACUAA